CUGCACCCAACAUUCGGCUCACAACCAUCACGACAAAGGAUACGCUCAGACCUGAGACCCAAGACAUCACUCGAGUUCUGCUACAUGAGUCAUUCUCUUCAACAUCAGUUGCGCAUUCACGAUGAAGGGAUUCCUUCAAAAAGCCAAGGCGGAGCUCAAAGGCUUCUCUCAACGUGACGAGUCUGGUAACUCCCAUUUUGGUGGAAACCAACAAGCACAACAUCAACAGCACUUUUCCCCAGCUCAUCAGCAAGGUGGCUUCGGUCACGACCAUGGCCAUGAUCAACACCAUGGUAUCAGCGACCCGACAACGCUGGAUGUUCUUCGCUAUCGCUAUCACCAUGGAACCAAUCUUGGAUCUGUUUACGUUAUUGAACGAUGGCUUCAGGGUUCUCGAUUUCCUGAUGGUGCUGAGGGAUCAAGCGAGCUUGCAGCAGUGCAAGCCUGGGUGGACAGGGUUGGUGUCGCUGAGACGAAGCAAAAGUUCGAGGAGCACUGGGCCAAUAUUAUACACGAUAACGCCAUUGGAUGGCUUGCUAAUGUGGCCAAAUGUACAACUGUCCGCCUGCCCAUCGGCUACUACGACCUCCCAGGCGCCGUCUUCACCCAGGGAACACCUUUCGAGCCCUAUGCUGAAAUCUACACAGGAGCAUGGGACAGUAUUCGUACCCUAAUCCAACGUCUGCGCGCACGUUCAAUCGGCGUUCUGGUUGAUCUGCAUGCACUACCAGGGGGCGGAAACGCGCAGGAACACUCAGGCACUAACAGUGGGCGUGCCGAGCUAUGGACCAAUCCCAGUAACCGUGCGUUAGGUGUUCGCUGCUGCCAGUUCAUUGCAGAAGAUACCAAAGCGGGAGCUGAGAUUGCUGGUCUCCAACUCGUCAACGAGGCUGAAUGGGAAUCAGAGCGCAUGUACGAGUGGUAUGACGAGUGUAUAGCCGCCGUGUCCGCCAUAGACCCCGGAAUUCCUAUCAUAAUAUCUGAUGGCUGGAACCUAGGCAAAGCGGUAGAUUGGUCUUUGCAGAAGAACUCCAUAUACUCGCAUCCGCAAUGCCCAGUGGUGGUUGACACGCACUAUUAUUGGGCUUUUACAGACCAAGACAAAGCGAAGACACCACAGCAGAUCAUCGGGGAAGCCGGCACCAAGCUAGAACAGUUGGAUGGUAAAGAAGGCUCUGUGCAUGAUCGUGGUGCAGUACAGGUUAUUGUUGGCGAAUACUCCUGCGUUAUGACUGAAGACUCUUGGGCCAAGGGCGGCGGAGUCCCCAAGGAGGAGCUCGUACGACAAUUUGGUCAAGCGCAGAGCAGAAGGUACCAAGAGAAAGCUGGCGGCAGUUUCUUUUGGACCUGGAAAAUGGAUUGGAUGCCUGGCGGCGAGUGGGGGUUUAAAGCUAAAACAGAAGAUGGGAGUAUUGUGCCACCCCAGUACACAAAAACGACCGCUGAUGACAGACUCCGGAUGACCGAAAAAGCUAGACACGAGAAGGACGGGCGUAUGCAUGAGGCGAUUCAACAGCACGUGUCCUAUUGGCGCGGCGUGGAUCCCAAUGGUCAUUAUGAGCACGAAAAGUACGAAUACGGCUGGCAGGUUGGUUAUCAAGACGCUCUCGGCUUCUUUGAGGGCAGAGGAACACAAGGCGACAAAAUUGGCAUGUUCGAGAUAUGGAUCCUUAAGCGGAUUAGAGAAAGUGGGUAUAGAGGAGGCUUCACUUGGCUAUUUGAGCAAGGUCUGAGAAAAGGUGCACAAGACUGCUACUCUGCAGUGGGCGUUUAGGGUCUGUGCACGGACUAUGUGACCCUCCUCCACUGCCGUUUCUUGUAUUGCCUCGAUCACAAGGUGCGUGCUUGGUGCGAUGACGUUAUAGCCAACAGUAAGAAUAUUGACCUUUUGUGGAAACCUUUUGUGGAACACCUAAAGGGACGAUGCGCUCCAGUAACAAACAGUGUACAGUCGACUUUAAGUGUACUGUAUCACUCCUUCUCGAUGCCCUACUAUUGAUACCUCCUUCACCCUCGAAACUGACCUUGCGCAAACCUUCGACAUCUGGGGACCGCCGGAAUCACUGACAACUGUCAUCUCAUGCUCUCUGAUAUUCCUGAAAAUGCGCCUAGCGAGACGUUAUUCUCGUUCUACGAUACACCCUUUAGGCGGCCCUAUCAGGCCUACUGCGUAACGGAAGCUUCUUCACGCCCUCCAAGUCCGGACCCUCUUGUUCAGGAACCCUUUUGCGCAU